UUUAGUUUAAAUAUCGCGAGGUUUCGUGUGUUGGCGAGUUGUCCUCCGGGAGAUCUCGUGAGACCUUUCAGUAGUGGACUGCAAGGCUAAGUCCUCCUUAAUUGUCGGUCCCUGCAGGACGACAACAAAUUGCCUCCAGCACCUUGACUGAAGCACCAGAACCUGCUCUGAAGUCAUGGGGAAUAUUUUUGGGAAUUUGCUGAAGAGCCUCAUAGGAAAGAAGGAGAUGAGGAUCUUGAUGGUGGGGCUGGACGCUGCUGGGAAAACGACAAUCCUUUACAAACUGAAACUGGGGGAAAUAGUCACCACCAUCCCUACAAUCGGAUUCAAUGUGGAGACAGUGGAGUACAAGAACAUCAGCUUCACUGUGUGGGACGUGGGCGGACAGGAUAAGAUCCGGCCCCUCUGGAGGCACUACUUCCAAAACACUCAGGGUCUGAUCUUUGUGGUGGACAGUAACGACAGAGAACGUGUGAACGAAGCUCGAGAGGAGCUGAUGAGGAUGCUGGCUGAGGAUGAGCUGAGAGAUGCAGUUCUCCUUGUGUUUGCAAAUAAGCAGGAUUUACCAAACGCCAUGAACGCCGCGGAGAUCACAGACAAGCUGGGCUUACACUCCCUCCGUCACCGCAACUGGUACAUCCAGGCCACAUGCGCUACCAGUGGCGACGGCCUCUAUGAGGGCCUUGACUGGCUGGCCAAUCAGCUCAAGAACAAAAAGUAAGAGGGGGCAAACCUGGAAAACACAGCCAGCAAGCCACCCGAUCCAGUGUUUUCUUUCCUCUGGGGAUGGAGGGUGAGGUUUUGGUGCAAGGGUUUUGAAUGGUAGGCGCAAAACAAGACCCUGGUUUUGAGGGAGACUUCAUUUUUGCUCCGUGCUCAGUGGUUAUUUAAAGAAAAAAAAGGUUCAUAUCUAACCACAUGCACUGAUUCACACUAACCGUAAGCAGUCACAGCAGACACUUGCUUUUGCUCCGUCCACCUCUCGUUCUUUGGUUCGGUGUGCUCUGUGUUAGUCUGUAGUGCCGUGUCCAGUUUUCGUUUUCCAGGUGUGAGUCAUUAAUCGUUGUCCUGUCCUGCAGGGUCACAGAGAUGUGUUACACAGCCACGUUAAUCUUUGCGGGUUCUGAUGGUUUGCUCUCCUUUCCCUAUUGUUAGCAGUGCUGAACACUUCGUCUCGGUGUCUAGAUGCAGAGGGAUUUUUCAUCACAAACAGCUAAAGAAACAAUUCUUACCCUGUACAUAAUCCCCUUCAAACAUAAUCCCAUUAACUCAGGUCAACCUCUCUGUCCCUUCUGAAAAAAAGCUUCUCCACAGCAUGAUGCUGCCACCACCAUAUUUCAUGGAGGAAAUGGCAGCUCCCUCCACAUGCUAAACAAACAAAAUCUUACUGCCGUAUUUUGGGAAUAUUGUGAUAUCCUGUAUUUAACUCUAUUGAUCUUCAAUUAACUUUAACCAGCUUCCCAAAGUCCCUGCUGAAGAAAAGCCUCCCCACAGCAUGAUGCUGCCACCACCAGGUUUCAUGGUGGAGAUGGUGUGUUAAGCGCCGUGUGUGGAGUUAGUGUUCCUCUGCAUCUAUCCACACCUGCAUGUUGGCUAGGUGCAGAGCGGCUUCUUCCUCAAGUUUGCUGCGUCUCCUCUGGAGGUGGGGGACAUGGGAUUAGAAAUUUAUUGCAAUCUUUUGUGUUGCUAUUAUGACAGUAACAGUAAGAAAGAAAACCCAUUUAUAUCAUAAUAAGAGUAAGAAAAAAAAAUUAUCGCUUGUUUUUUAGGUAGUUAUGGCUGUGACUACAUGUCACAUCAUUCAUGGCAUCACAAGUACAAAUAUUGUUCUUGGAAAAACUUUCCCAUUUGAAUUAGACUUCUUCGGGAUGCCACUUAUUUAAAGAACUGUGGUUUACAUCACUAAACUGCACAGAGUAGCUGCAUUUAGUCAUAUUUUCAAAGUUACUGAUAUUUAUUUUUACUCGAAACAAACAGUGGAGAAAACUGUGGAAAUGAUAAUACUGUCAGCUUUGUGGGGUUUUAAAAAACAUUAAUUGAAAUUUAUUGAGAGAUCGAAAAAUCAAAAUUUGUAUUACAAGAUAUUUGUUUUUAUCAUAAAUGAUUUGAUAAAUGCCCACCUACAGUCCCCUAUGAAAACAUGAAACAGGAGAUGGUUUUCUUUCUUUGAGACUUUCUUCUUGCCACUCUUUUAUAAAGAUCAGAUCAUGUGGAGUUAGAAACAGCAGCAGCUCUGUGUGAAUUUCACUUUCUGUUUUAGUUGUUCUGACCUGCAGAACCUGGCUUCACAUUAUAAUAGCAUUCUGCAGAUUCAUACCAUCAUAGCUGACUCUGACGGUUUCCUUGCAGGCAGCAGAGAAAUAAUAAUUCAUGAACAUCUCUCCCAUCAUGCUAAAGACACAUCCUCUUACUGCCACAUUAUGGAAAUCUUUUGAGAGCCAUGCUGUGUUAGUAGUAGCUUGUGGCAACCUGAAGCACUGAAACUGGACAUUUUAAAUAUUUAAACCUGUGCUACACGCUCUCAAUUACCUGACAUGGAUGCAGCCUUAUCAGCAGCCCUUUUCCAUUCAGAAAUCCGUAGAUGAUGAGGUUUUCUCUAACCUGCUCUCAUUGUUGCCACAAAAAUUGACUAAAACUCUGCGAUUUGCAUGAGAUGCCAUCAUAUGCUUAUGUGUUUUUAGGACAUAUAGAAUCAUUUUAUAGUACAAUCAAACAAUUAUGUUACCCUCAGUUGUUACAAAAGUGCUUUCUAAUAUAUCAAAUAUGACUUAAAAUAAACCUGACUUUGCAAUUUGGCACCUUCAAAUUGGGCCACUGUCUCUUUAAGAAGCUUUCCAACACUCUACUUUGUUGUCAUCACAACAAAGCUCCUAGAUCAUGCUGUUUAAAACCAUUCUUAGGAGCGUUGGACUGAAAAGUAGGUCAUAUAGUGAACUCAGCAGACACACAGUUCCACCAGGUGUUUGCUAAUUGUUGCUGCCGCUAGUCUGCAGGAGCUGAGUGGGGGAGUUGUGGAGGAGGACUGCUGUGUGAGGUCAGAGCUUGGCUUCAAGGACAAGAUUUAUGGGAAAGAUGACACUUUGUGAGAACCGCUGUUUUGCACAGCUGAAUGGUUGCUACAGGAGAUUAAAGGAUUUCUCAAACAUGCAUGAAAGAAUCAAAGCAACUCUCCAGGUAUGUUUUUGAUGAGGGAAUGACUUUAUAAUAUGAUAUAAAGUUAAAAAAUGUCAUACUACCGCCCCUUUAAAGUGAGACACAGCUGCUUGUCCACCUUCUAAUGUGUCUAAAUCAGCUCUCAAAUAGCACCAGCUUGUGGUUUUUGUUUUUGUUUUUGUUUUCCCUGUUGAUUCUGUCACUUAAAGCUCAACUACUGAAUGUGAAUGUUGUGAAGGUAUCUUCACCUGGCUGUAAUUAUAGAUAGUUAAUGUUCUGUUUGCAUAUUUAUUGAAAGGAGAGACAAUCCGUCUCCACCUUCGUCUCUGACUGAUGACGUCACGGCUGAAACCAUCAGAAUCCACAGAUUUUUAAUGUCUUGCAAAAGUAUUCACCUCUCUGCAUUCUGCCGCACUGCAACAAAUAAACUUUAAUGUUUGUAACUGGAUUUUUAGGUGGUCAACACACAAGGAAUUGCAUAAGCGUGAAGUGGUUUAAAUUAUUACCUUGUACUCCAGUCCAUUAUUUUAUCAACUUUGACAAGUUGGCUUGUCUUUUACGAAAAAAAAAUAUUGCCCACAGCAUGAUGCUGCCACUACCAUGUUUAAAAGUUGGCGUUGUUGUGUGCAGUAUUAGUUUUCUGACGCAUUUAGUGUUUUGCUUAAAUUUUAAGCUCCUCUGACAGGAUCAGACUUUAAUUGUGAAGACAAAUUUCCUUCCAAUUCGCUGUUAUGCAUCACUUUGCGUUGGUCUGUCUCGCCAUAUCCUGACUAAAUGCAUUGAAGUUUGUGAUUGUCAAAAUGACCAAAUACCAAAAGUUAAAGUUCAAAGUCCUAUGAAUACUUUUGCAAGGUGCUAAAUGUCAAUAAAAUGUUUUUUCCUGUGCCAUACUCAGUCACAUACUAUCAACAGUGUCACCUACUGUACAUCCUCUGGUAUCUUAUCCGUACUUUUCUCAUAUCUAAGGUGUUAUACGGUUAUGGAUCAAUUCAUUUUGGGGGUUCAUGUGGCCUUAUAGUUAAAUUUUUAAUUUGACUUGCACAUAUUUAUCUAUUUAAAGAAAAACAACCUGCUGUUUAUUAAUCAGCACCCUCAAAAGCCAGAUUUUGCACUGCACUUCACAUUGACAAGGCAAACAUUUCCUCACAAGGCGUUCUCUUUGUUUUGCUGUUUUACUGGAUUCAUGUUCGGUGGUUGGACUUCUUCUUUGGUUUUCUUUGGGGUUUAAAUGAACUUUCACGUAGACGGUGUCUGUAAAACAAUGGUAAUUAGUGUGGAAAAGAAUAUUUUCCUUCAUUCAUUCUUUACCAUUAUAGUUGCACAAGUAGAUAAAAAAAUGUUCCAGUGCUGAAUGCAUGGAGACAUCUGUAUGUGAUGUAAGACAAGAUCCUGCUGUAUUAAAAAAAUUAAAUAAACUCAUUUAUUGUACAACCUGUC